GAGGAGGAAUCGUAGGCCUACUAGUUCAAUAGCUAAUAACUUGUGAUAAGGUUGGACAAAAUUCCAAUGGACUUUUAAACCAAAAAUAUUGUCCCUGCGUAGCCUAAUCCACGCAAACAGAAAAUUAAAGCAGCACCUCUAAUACCUUUAGAACUGAAGAAACGUCCAUAAUUGCUUGCAGGUGGUUUGUUUGCUCUUAAUUGGCCAAUACGACUAAGCAGGUUUACGCACGGGGUCGAUCCAUUUUACUUUCGGGACGAAUGGCUAAAUCAAUGUAUCGAAUAGGCUACUGGAUCUCAAACACUAUAUAAUGCGAUCACUUCUCUUCCGGGGAGUUACCUCACUGUUCAUGAUUCUCUCGGCCAGUGUGUACUCUGACGUAGUGGCGCAAGGUGCAAGUGUUGCUGAAUGCAGAGACCGCUACUUCUUGAUUUCGACAGACUUGAACUUCACUGGAAAUGACUUCUGGUUUGAAAUUGUUGAUAAUGGAGUGCAUAAGCUGGAGACCAACUAUGCGGCAGAGUGUGGCUACACUUUAAGCACAGUCAAUGCAAAAGGAUUCAUGACCCUCAGAGUGUCCUACUUUGCCUGUCAUGUGGAAAGUAAGAAUGAUACAGAGUUCACCCUGCACUAUCAGAUCAUAAAAUUGGAUGAGAGAGGGAAGAAGACCACACACCCCUCACAGAUCACCUGUGCACUGGACAGAGAUUGGAAGCCCAGGGAGGUGGUUUGUGAAGAGAAUUACAUGGAGGUGUCGGUCAGGUGGAACAUUUUCAGGCUCUCAGAGUCCCCCACAAGAAAAGACUGGGACAUGGUUCCUUCUGGUGAUACAAGGCUGUCAGAAUGGCAAAUCCUGAUUAAGAGGUCUGGUGCUAAGCCCAUCUUGCUGUCUUUUGAGGAGGCCCGCAAUCAGGGGUACAUUGUGACUACUACUGCACAUCGUAUUGUCUUCCGUUCCCCCUACAACAAGACCUUGGCAGAAAUCCAAAUGGUAGAUGGCAUUGAAGUAGAGAUGAUCAACGCCACAGUUAUUUUCAGACAGAACUGGGUCCUGGUGACAAUCGAGACAGUUCCUGCCUGUGCCAUAAAUCCAGGGACUUUCAAUGAUUCACAUCUGGGAUGGACUGUCCCUAAGGUCAUGCGACCUCUGACACAAUCUCGCUCCACGUUUGAGGAAAAGGCCAUCCAGAUGGGUGUGGAUGGACACGUGGUGGACAGGGCCAUUAUGAAAACUGCGAACUACAAGCUGGGUAUAUCUGGGCCAUAUGUGACAGUUUCUGUCCCUAUUUGGGCAUUCGGAGGGGUAAAUGAGAGCUGUGUCAUUAAUAACCAGUACCACAGUCGGUACACGAUCCGAUUCUACCUUCAACACCUCUGGGCAGAUGAUAUGUUUGAAGAGACAGAGCAUCGCAGUUUUAGGGUCGUGAGGAGCUCGUACAUUCGCAGGGUGCCAUUCACAGUUGACCAAACUGUAAUUGAGGAGCGCAUCUUCACUGUGCGUUUGGGAAACAUUCCUUAUGAUGUGGACCUGACUGCAGUGAACCUCAACGGAGAGCCCUUUACUGUGCCUGAGGCAAUUCAAAGUGGCUAUCCCAUCACAAAUGUCCCUCACUCUAAUGGAACCCAUGCCUGUGUUAUCAGGGUUCCUAUUGAUGACCCCAUUGUGCUUAAGAUGCACUUGGGAGAGGGCAUUGUUCAGUUCUUCUUGGAAAUAACCUACACUCUGGACAUCAUGCCGCAAAGAGAUCCAUACUAUCAUCCAGCAUCUGUUGUGGCUCUGCACAAGGAUUACUUCCCUCCUGUCUUGAAUGCGGUCUGCACAGAGAAGGGAAUUAUCUUCAAGAUUGACCGAAAGAAACUGGGGUCUAUGUGGGAGGUCAGUAUUGGAGAUUAUGCCCUUACUCCUGAGUUGGCAGCAAAGCAUGGCUACAUCCUGUUGAAUAACAGCCAGAGCAUGACCCUGGAGGUUCCCCUUUUCACCACUGGCUAUGCAUAUGAGGACAUCAACUUGAGGCAAUUCUUUGGUACUUUUGAAAUUGUCUCAAGAGACAUCAGAACUCAGAAGAUUGCAGAAACAAUAGUGAAGCGCUGCCUCUUCAAAACAAAUGAGCUCAUUGUGUGUGCACCCGAUGGAGUAGUCACCGUGGUGAUCAGCACAACCACAACAUUACCAAGAGUGGAUCCAUGGCAAACCACUCUUCUAGACAAACUCUGCAAACCUAAGGAAUCUGAUGAGACUCGAGCUCUCUUUACUUUUCACGCGAACACAUGUGGAACCAGAAUUAUGGUUAAUGGCAACUACUUGACCUAUGAAAAUGAAGUGGUGUUUAAUAGGGAAAUGAUUCCAGCCCACCAGGCAGCUAUCACCAGGGAUCCUGAAUUCAGGCUUACUGUAAAUUGCAUUUACUUAAUAAAUGAUACGGCCAGACUAUACACUGACAAGAAGGAGGAACCACAAGUGUCUGGUGUGGGAUCCAUUACUGCGACCAGGAGGUACUUUGACCAUGGGCAGAUGAAUGUGUCAAACAUACACAGUGGCAUUGUGAGAGGUAGCAAAUCUGAAGACUUGAAUGAAACAUUAAAUGAAAUGGAAGAAUACAAUUCUACAUUCCCAUAUGUGCCAGUUAUUGGAGUGACGAUCGCUGUGCUUGGGACUUUGCUUGCUGCUUUGAUCAAAAGGAAAUGUUGAAUUUUCAAUAAACAUAUGUGCACCAAUGA